AAUUACUAAAAGCGUUUACUUUAUGUUUCAUUUUAAGAUUAUCUUGACAUUAUCGUAUUUUUAUUAAAUUCUAUUCUACCACCAACCUACUAUUUCUGCUCGGCGAUCGCCGGAAUCUUCGCCGUCGUUUCGCCGGAAUCUAGCUCUAGAUUUCCUCCCCAGAUAUACACACACAUACCAUAUCUGAAGCUGAUUUGAGACCAGAGGAGCUUUUUGGGAUCUGGGUCUGCUGAUCUGUGCUCUUGUGUGAUUCUGGGAAGUAAACUUGCCCUCAAGCAGACGUCAGAUGUUGUGCACUAUUGGCUCGUUAUAGUUUACCGCUGACGUUUGGGGCUAAAGUUAAGACUACAAGAUGAAACCGAAACAACAGGAGGCUCAUAAAGCAAGAGACAAUGCCUUGAAGCUAUUUGCGGUAAAGGACUUUGUUGGAGCCAAAAAUUAUGCUUUAGAGGCAUACAUGCUGUGUCCUGAACUGGAGGGUAUAUCUCAAAUGGUGACUACCUUUGAUAUAUAUUGUGCUGCUGAAAGAAAGUUUGAUGGAGAAGUUGAUUUCUACUCUGUACUUGGACUGGAGCCAUCUGUAGAGAAGUCGAAAUUGAAGAAACAAUACAAAAAGCUGGCUGUCUUGCUCCAUCCUGAUAAGAACAAAACCGUGGGAGCUGAGGGAGCAUUCAAACUAGUUUCUCAAGCAUGGGCCCUGCUAUCUGAUAAUGCUAAACGAAGAUCUUAUGAUAUGAGUAGAAGUAAAAGAAUGUCAUGUGGGGUUCUCCAGAGUAGCAUGUCUUCAGUUCAAGGAUCCCAAGUUACAGGUUUUGACAAUGGUUCUAAGUCAUUGUCAUCCCAAAGUAAACUCGAUACGUUUUGGACCUUGUGCACUUCUUGUCAUGUUCAGUAUGAAUAUCUUAGGAAGUAUGUGAAUAAGAAACUCUCCUGUAAAAACUGCCGUGGUAUUUUUAUCGCUGCAGAAACAGGACCACCUCCUGUGAGUGCUUCUUUCCCUUACAGUCCUUGGCAAUAUCCACCUGAUAAUGGAUAUGGAAGUCAUGGAUAUAAUGGAGCACAUAUCACAACCUCUGCUGCAGGUUUGACUGGAAAGACGGUUCCAGGAAUUCAUUCUGGUCAUGGAUCUGAGUCUAAUUCUAAUCUAUCGUUUCAAUGGGGUUCAUGUCCUGGAACUUCUGCUGGAAUUGUUGAGCACAGUGGCUUAAUUGCUAAAUCUGCUAAUUCUGUUCAUCAGCCGAAUGGAGUCAGUAUAACUAAUGCCAACGGGAAGCAUAUAAUCUCUAAUGGGCACAUGGGAGCAACAGCCCCCAGGCGUGGCAGACCUCCCAAGAAAUUAAAGGUUGAUAUGUGUCACACAACUCCCAGAGAAAGUGAAGUAAUUGCAUCCAAUGUUAAAUCAGAGGUGAAAUAUAAUAAUGCUAAGAUUUCCGCUCAAGGGGAUAAUUCAAAUAAAAUUUUCUCCAUUGCCCCUGUAUUUGAUGCACGAAAGUUGUUGAUUGACAAGGCAAGAACAGUAAUACGCAAUAAACUAGAAGAACUAAGGUCGUCCUCAGCUGCUGCAGGUGAGGCGCCUUCUGAAGCAACAACUGUGGCUGGUCUUAAUCGUCGAGCAGAAGCGCGGGCAUCUGUAUCAAUACCAAUAACAGUCCCGGACUCGGACUUUCAUGAUUUUGACAAGGACAGAGCAGAAGAAUGCUUUCAGCCAAAGCAGAUAUGGGCAUUAUAUGAUGAAGAGGAUGGCAUGCCUCGACUGUAUUGUCUAAUUCGCCAGGUCAUCUCAGUGAAACCAUUUAAGGUUCAUAUCAGUUACUUAGGCUCAAAAACUGACACUGAGUUUGGAUUAGUAAAUUGGCUGGACUCCGGGUUUACAAAAUCUUGUGGGCAUUUCAGAGCAUUCAAUACAGACAUCAUUGACCAAGUUAAUAUUUUCUCUCAUCAUCUGAGCAGGGAGAAGGCUGGCAGGGGAGGCUGUGUAAGGAUCUAUCCAAAAUGUGGAGACAUAUGGGCUGUAUAUCGUAAUUGGUCACCAGACUGGAGCAGGACCACCCCAGACUCUGUGAGGCAUCAGUAUGAAAUGGUGGAGGUUAUUGAUGAUUAUUCUGAAGAGCUUGGCGUCUGUAUUGCUCCUCUAGUUAAACUUGACGGAUACAAGACAGUAUAUCAGAGAAAUACAGAUAAGAAUGCUCUCCGAUGGAUACCAAGGAGAGAGAUGGUACGGUUUUCACACCAGGUACCAUCUUGUGCGCUAAAAGGAAUAGCCACUAACUUGCCGGAUGGAUGCUGGGAUCUAGACCCUGCUGCAACUCCAGAUGAGCUGCUUCAGGUUGAAGCUGGAAUACAUGCGGAAAAGGCAGCUCACACGAAAAGUUGUGUAGGAACUCCUCUGCAUGUUUUUGAGCCUGAAACGGGAGUACUGGGCGGAGAAAGUCCGCAUUUUCAAGAAGAUAACCUAGAUGCAACUCCUGAAUUAGUUGAAAAAUUAAUUAAUUUGCAAGUGGAAACAACUCCUGAUAAGGUUAUUCAAGACUUGAAUAAAGGGAAAGUGCAAAAGACUCCUGUUGAAGUUCUUCAGGAGUUGAGUGAAGUGCAAGGGGAAAAGCCUGAUCAUGUAGAAAGUUCUUUAACUUCAAUGGACCCUCUUAAUCCUGUAAAAGAGGCACUUCCAUCUUUUCAAGUGGAGCAUCCUGCUGCUCUUCCAUCUUUUCAAGUGGAGAACCCUGGUGCAACUUCACAGAGUUUUUUCCAGAUGUAGCUGAAGCUCCAGAAGAACCAGCGUUUAGUCAGCCAAAUAGUCAUUGAGAUCCUUUAUGUGGUCAUAAAUUUAACAGAUUUAAGAUUUGAUAUGUAUAGAUUUAAACGUGUACCAAAGAGAAAUUCUUAAAUGGAUAGAUAUCUGGAAGGAUCUUAAGCUGAUCCACGGCAUCAGUCCCA